UUUGAAUUCAAAUUUGAAACUAUUCAUCUAGCGUUGUCUAUAAAAGAGGGUUGAAGUGGUAAAAGUAGUGCAGAUCAUUGGCUUUGUUCAUCUUUCACAUAUCUUCAUAUUGUUGUUGUUUUCUUUUCUACAAGUGUUUUAGUGCGCUCAAAUGAGUCCAUCUUUUGAUGCUAUUAGCAAGAUAGUUCCUCCAAGAGAGGCUUGGAGGCUUAAAGUGAGGGUAAUUAGGGCUUGGAUUGUUCCAAGCUUUGGAAAUCCAGAUUCUCCAAAUUCAAUGGAGCUCAUUUUGGUGGAUGAAAAUUCAAACAAAAUCCAGGCCACUAUAAGGAAGCAACUUAUCAACAGGUUUAAAGAUAAUAUUAUUGAAGGGAAUUGCUACAAGAUGUGUUAUUUCUCUGUUGUUCCAAAUCAUGGCUCUUAUAGAGCUACAAAACAUGAGUUUAAGCUUACAUUCCUCUUCCAAACAAUAGUAACAACUUUACCAGAUGAUAUCAUACCAAGAGUCUGUUUUACUCUAUAUCCUUUUGAGGAGAUAUUGCAAAUGAGUCAAGAUCAUGAUUAUUUAGUUGAUGUUAUUGGGUUGCUGACUUUAGUUGGAGAGGAAAAAAGUUAUGAUAAAGAUGGAAAAACAAUCAAGAUGGUUGUUGCGGAGCUUUCUUCUCAAAAGAUGGUGCUUAGGUGCGCCCUGUUUGGAGAAUAUGUGGAUCAACUAAAUCAUUUUCUUUCUUCUGGUUAUGUUGAACAACCAGUAGUGAUUCUUCAACUUGCCAAAGUUAAGCUUUUUCGAGGGCAACCUGGGUUACAAAAUGUCAUGAAAGCAACAAAAAUAUAUCUUAAUCCUGACUUGGCAGCUGUUGUUGAUUUCAGGAAGAGCGUGGUAGAGCAAGGGAUAAAUGGGACCCAGCCACUGUUUAUUGCUAAUGAAGGAAAAACUAUCUCAUUGGAGGAUGACUUCAUGAGGUUGACUAAGAAAUCUACAAUAGAUGAGUUGCAAGAAAACAAGGAGGAUGGAACCUUUGUCAUUUUAGGUACUAUCACUGAUGUUGUAGAAGAGGGGUGCUGGUGGUAUUCUACCUGUGUUUGUGGGAAGACAGUACAUCCUGAAUCUGGUGUUUACUUUUGUGAUAUGUGCAUGCAUCAUGUGACAAAUGUGAUCCCAAGGUAUAGGCUCAAGGUAGUUGUAUCAGAUGAAACUGGACAGGGUAUAUUUGUCCUCUUUGAUCGUGAAACAACCUACUUGGUUAAAAAAACAUGUGCUGACCUAUUUAAUGAGGUACAUAAAGAUUCAAAGGAUGCACCUGUUCCUGUGUUUGGCCCUGAGUUGGGUGAAACUUCUAAUACAAAAUGUGUAGAGAAUACUGUCAUGUCAUCUUUUCUUCAAAAAGAAGCAAAUGUUGCUGGACUUGAUGAUAUACACUUAGAUAUGGAAGGUGUUAAGGAGGUUGAUAUUCAAGAUCAUUCUGUUGAUAGUGAUGAAAAUGUAGUGCUGUCGGAUGAUAUUGGCUCACUUAUUCGGUCUGAUGUUGAUGAAACUCAGGAUUUGCUCUCGCACCUUUUAGAUGACUCAAGGAAAGUUAAUGUGCCUAAUGUUGUUCCCAAAGAUGCAGUAUUUUUAAAGGUGAAGAGGAAUCUUGAGGCUGAUUUUGAUAAGGAACUUGAGGAUACUGUUGCUCAUUGCUCUAAAAUAAUCAAGAUUGAAGAUAAUAGCAUAUGUGGCAGUGAUGCAAAUGUUGACAUUGACAUUGAUUGGAUCAAUGUUGAAUUUUUAAAUCAGAUCAAAUGCUCUGGAUUACCAAAUCAUUCUUUGAAGUUGAAAAAAGGUGUUCCUGUUAUUUUAUUGAGAAAUAUUGACGCUGCUGGUGGAUUAUGCAAUGGUACUAGACUUAUUGUUCACAGUCUUGGAAGAAAUGUGAUUACUGCAGAUAUUGUUUCUGGUAGUAAUGUUGGGGAUAGAGUGUAG